GAGCCGCUCCUCGCUGCUGGACUGCGCGGCUGUCUUCUCUGGCUGAUCAUUAGCUCUGGAUAUUGACUGACUGACUGACUGACUGACUGUCUGACUGAUUGAUUGAUUGAUUGAUUGAUUGAGCUGAUGAGGCCGGCCUCGGCUCUGUAGCCCAGCCCCGGUGCAGCCGCCAUGCCGAGCCGUCAGAAGCGGCUGCUGUUCUCGCUGGCCGGCCUGCUGGCCUUCUGCUGCGUGCUGACGGCCGCGGUGUCCGCCGGGCUGCCGGCCUGGGUCAGCGGCUCGGUGCUGUGCCGCAGCGGCGCCGAGGCCGUCAACGCGUCCGGGGCCGAGCUGGAGCUGUUCCUGGGCCGGGUGAGCUACGGCCUGUUCCGGGGCCAGAGGGUCAGGAAGUGCGGCCUGGGAAGAAGACCCGACCGGUUCAACUUCUUCCCAGACCUGGCGGGUGCCAUCCCAGCAGCCCUCCACGUCACCGUCAUCUUCUUCUGUGGUGUCCUGAUCGUCUUCUCCUCGGUGGCCGCCGGCUUCUUCUUCUUCAACGCCUUCGGCAGCCCGUACGAGACGCUGCAAGGCCCCAUGGGACUUUACCUGUGGAGCUUCAUCUGCUGUCUUUGCAGCUGCCUGGUGAUGAUUCUGUUUGCGUUCGAGGUGAAGCUCGGCCGCCUGUCUGAGCGGAUCGCCAACUUCGACGAGCUCAACCACAUCUACCAGACGUACACCGAGCACUACGAGACAUGUUUCUGGCUCCUCUUCCUCAUCUUCUUCCUCCACGGACUCAACAUCCUGCUGAUCCGCCUGGCGGGGAUCCAGUUUCCUCUACGGGAAGCCAAAAAGACGGAUCUGAACAGCGGGGCGGCGGAUCUGAUGUACUGAGGAUGCAGCAGACUGAUGAACAGCUGUUUUGAACUCUCAGUUACAAGAUUCAGGGUUCCUGAUCUUUGAUCUUAUUGUGAUGGUGGCUCUUCUCAGCACACUGGUUGGGAAACUCUGUCAAGAAGAGCCAGCCAGCUGUGUUUUGUACCGACAUGCGUCAUACAAACAUUUUAUCAUUUCAUUCAUUCCCCAACAAACAAUAGUGGAAACAAAUAGAUGUCGAUAACCCACAGAGGUAUAGAUGCACACUUUAAUAUAUAUAGAGUCGUGCCGAGGUCUGUAGCUAGUAGCUUGGCUAACUAGUUUCCUUAUGAUUAAGCUGUUACUGUGGUUGUUGAGCCUGAGAUUGUGAGCUAAUUUGGUUCCUGUUAGGUCUCUUGAGUCCUCAGUUAUUUGUUGAAGCAUUUUUUUUUGUUGUUGUUGUAAAUUUCCUUGGGAGUCGACAUGAAAACGUUGCAGUUGAAAGCCUCAGAUGUUUGUUCCAGAGGUGCUGAAGCCCCUUGAGGUUCACAUGAGGCAGCUGGGUCUGGAUCCUCAGCUGGGUCUGGAUCCUCAGCUGGGUCUGGAUCCUCAGCUGGGUCUGGAUCCUCAGCUGGAUCUGGAUCCUCAGCUGGGUCUGGAUCCUCAGCUGGAUCUGGAUCCUCAGCUGGGUCUGGAUCCUCAGCUGGGUCUGGAUCCUCAGCUCGCUGCCUUCACCAACAUGAACCAACAGAAAACGCCCAGAAAUUCAGGGACUUGCCAUUCUGCUGUUCUGCUGGUAAGGUCGGCACUCCGAGUGUAAGUGAAGCUCUGGCUGUUUAGCUCAUACCGAGACCAGCCUGCUGUGAUCAGCUGGGGUCUGAUGCGUCUCUACAUUUUAAUGAGGGUGGGGGAAAAUUUGGUUAACCUGAGUAUCACAAUUACUUUUUUAAAAUGAUAUUUUAAUUGAUUUUUUUAAAUUACUGAAUCAAAUUAAAGUAAAGAUCCUGGUAUCAUAUGAAACUAGACCUAAGGAAUCGAUUGAUAGCAAGCAUGUCAUACUAUGUUGCUGGGUAAGGCGGCUAAAUAUCGGUCCAAAUUUCGGCUAAAUUUUGGUUAGGGAAAGACUGGCAUGACUAUUUUCAGAGGGGUCCCUUGACCUCUGACCUACAGACAUCUUUUAUUUUUUAAUAAAAUGUAUAUUUUUUAACAUUCCUGCUGUGUUUGAUCGUGACAGUAGAGAGACACAAGAAAACGUGGGGAGAGAGAGGAGAUGACCUGCAGCGAGGGUCCUGGGCUCGGAUUCGAACCCAGGACUCUGUGAUCAGGACUCAGCCUUGCUAAGUGGCACGCGCUCUAUCAGGUGAGCUACCAGGGUGCCCCUGACCUCCAGGUAUCUGAAAGGUUUACAGUAAAGAUAUUAGUAUCAUAUGAAACUAGUCGAAAGAAAUUCUUGGUAUCAAGCAAGGCCUCUGCUCGGUCGUUGGCUAAAUAUUUAGAUUUAGGGUGAAUUUUUGGUGAAAACUAGCAUGUCUGUUUCCAGCAAGGUCCCUUGACCUCUGACCUCCAGCUGUGUGAAUGAAAAUGAGUUCUCUGGGCAGCCACGGCUCUCCUCUUUGCAGACACGCCCACCUUCUGCUAAUCCCAUGUGUUACAACCCUGGCUCGUGGGCCGCAACAUAAAGUGGAGACAGACGUCAGAUUAUACAUAAUUUUAUUUCAAUAAAUAAUAUAUGUUAAAAUCUGGGGAGCAGUACAAAUUACACAACAGUUUGUGGU